UACCUAUCUAUCUAGAUCGGUGUAGAUAGUAUUGAUAGCUAGAACAUUUCAUUUCUUUGAAUUGUGUCUAUGUCUGGUAUAUUCGUUUUAAUUACUGUUAUCGUCCAUAGUUGCCACAUACAGUUAUUAAUGUUCUGACAACUAUAAGCUUUAAGGAAGGUGAUUGGUUGGGCAGGUGUGCUGCUCUGUUCCACCUUUGACCUUAUGGCUCACAGUGUCAGGAGAGAUGCCCCUGAGCUCCCAGACUUCUCUCUACUCAAGAGGCUGGCCAGAGACCAGCUUAUCUACCUACUGGAACAGCUGCCGGGGAAGAAGGACCUGUUCAUUGAGGCAGAUUUAAUGAGCCCCCUGGACCGCAUUGCUAAUGUCACAACACUAAAGGAACAUGAAGUGGACAAGCUUUACAAAGUGGAACACAAAUCCAUAGUCAGCACCUCAGAUCAGCUUUGCUUCCUGAUCCGUCCAAGAAUACAAACUGUCAAGUGGAUAUGUGAUGUGGUCAAUGCAGACAAGGCAGUUGGAAAAUUCAGAAGAUAUAAGGUCAUAUUUUGCCCUCAGAAGUUUUAUGCAUGUGAGACCCUUUUGGAGGAGCAGGGAAUCAUUGGUGAUGUGACCACUGACGAGUGGUCAUUCUACCUCUUGCCACUUGACGAUGACAUCAUCAGCUUAGAGCUUCCAGAAUUCUUUAGAGACAACUUCCUGGAGGGGGACCAGCGCUGGGUGAGAACAGCAGGAAGUGCGUUGCAUCUGCUCCACUCCCUCUACGGGCCUUUCUCUAAGGUGUACGGGAUUGGACGAUGCUCCAAGAUGGCUUAUGAAUCUUGGAGAGAGCAAGUGAAAGAGGGUGAACAGAGAGUUCGUCAAGCAGAUAUUGGAAAUGUGUUUCUCAUUGACAGAGAUGUAGACCUCGUGACACCUCUGUGCUCCCAAGUUGUCUAUGAAGGACUUGUGGAUGAUAUCUUUAGGAUUAAAUGUGGAUGUGUGGAAUUUGGUCCGGAUGUCACCUCGUCGGACAAGAGUAUGAAAGUGAUGCUAAACUCUCAAGACAAGGUUUUCAACGAGAUCAGGAACGAGCAUUUCUCUCAAGUGUUUGGCUUCCUAAGUCAAAAGGCUCGAAAUCUCCAGACUGCUUAUGAUAAGCGUAGUGGGAUGGACAUAAAACAGAUGAAGACGUUUGUGUCAGAGGAGCUGAAAGGGUUGAAGAAGGAACACCGGCUCCUCAGUCUGCACAUUGGUGCCAGUGAGUCAAUGAUGAAGAAGAAAACAAAACAGGAUUUCCAAGAGAUGUUGAAGACAGAGCACUCCUUACUGGAGGGUUUUGAAAUUCGUGAAUGCAUUUCCUUCAUAGAGGAGCACAUCAAUAGACAGGCUUCUAUGGUGGAGAGUAUGAGGCUCCUUUGUCUACUGUCUCUCACGGAAAAUGGCCUCCUUCCCAAAGAUUAUCGGUCAUUGAAAGCUCAGUAUCUACAGAGUUAUGGUGUGGACCACCUCCUGACAUUCUCCAACCUGAAACAACUAGGGCUGCUGGUAGAGCAGCAGCCUGGAGAGACACUAACCGUCAUGGAGAGCAGAGUGGGGAAACUGGUCAAUGACAAAACGGCAGGAAAGCUCACUGACGCAUUCUCCUCCCUGGCCAAGAAGAGCAAUUUCCGUGCCUUGAGCAGGAGGCUCAAUCUAGUGCCAAAGUCGGAUGAAGAAUAUGACCUCCGUGUCCCUCGGGACAUGGCCUAUAUCUUCAGCGGGGCCUACAUUCCUUUGAGCUGUAAACUUAUUGAACAGGUACUGGAGCGUGACGGCUGGACAGGGCUGGAGGAGGUCACCCGUAUGAUCAACGGGCAUGAGUUUGCUGUCACAGCAGGUAGUAACGGAUCAGACCCAAGGGGGAGGAGCGAUGCCCAGCGUAUCAUCCUGGUCAUGUUCCUGGGUGGCUGCACCUACUCAGAGAUCUCGGCCCUGCGUUUCCUGGGCAAGGAGAAAGGUUAUAAAUUUGUUGUGGUGACCACGGCAAUCACAAAUAGUGCCAGAGUUCUGGAGUCUAUGUUGGACAACCAUGCAUGAGUCCUGGAGUCUCUCUUAUUUGUGCCAGUGAGAAUCCUGCUUGUGGUCAAAGACAUUUUAGGAACACUUACAGAUUUUGGACAAUUUCAACCAAGAAGAAUGACUACAAGCUACAUGUUUAUAUUCAGUGUUGAUUUUGAAGCAGACACUAAUAAGGCUGAUUGUAAUUGGUCCUUCUUACUGGAAAACAUGAAUGGAUUGAUGUUGAACAAUAUUCCAUUAUAGUGCUAUUCCUGAAUAUGAUGUGCUGAAGAAUGUGGUUUUCUGUACAAAAUAAAUAUAAUUUUGAUUUUA